AUGGGUCUAUUCGGCAAGAAGAGCAGCAAAAUUCCGCCCGUCGAAUCGGCGCCUCCGCCUCAGUCCGGCCCACCUGGCAGAUACAGUGCAGGUGGCCCAGGCUAUGGCGGUGCAGGCCCCUCGGGACAGGGCGGAGGCGCCGGCUAUGGCUACGGCAAUCAAGGCUACGGUGGUGGUGCUGGUGGUGCUCCCGGCGGACCAGCUCCGUACCAGGACCGAUUCGCCAAUGCGCGGGCACCUAGCGCCGGCUUCGGCUCGGGAUACGACCAAUACGCGGGCGGCAGUGCAAACAAAUCCUCCAACCUCUCUCGCAAUGUCCGGAGUGGCGCGGGUGGUGAUGACGACCUAGAAGCCGAAUACGGCCGAGGCUCGGGUGCGAACGCAGCUUCUAAUGCAGGCUACGACGGCCUGGAACAGCAAGAGGAGCAGCGCGAUGAGGAAGACGACGAGGUCGAGGCGAUCAAGCAGCAGAUGCGCUUUACCAAGCAAGAGUCGCUCUCGUCGACGCGAAAUGCCCUUCGCAUCGCGCGUGAAGCCGAGGAGACGGCGACCAACACCAUGUUCAAGCUCUCGGACCAGUCGGAGAAGAUCGGCAACACCGAACGCUCGCUCGACCUCGCAAAGGCGCACGCCUCGCGUGCCGAAGACAAUGCCAAGGAGAUCGUGGCUCUCAACCGCUCCAUCUUCCGGCCCAACAUUCAGUUCAACAAGAAGGCAAAGCGCGAUGCCGAGGAGGCACGCAUCAUUGCGCGCCACAUUGAUGAGCGCGAGGAGCGCGAAGCCGUGCGACGCGACGUCACUGCGGCGCAGUCGAGGCUCGACGCGAGCAUGAACGGUCCCGGCACAGGCAAGGCCAACAUCGGCCGAUUUGGCCAGGACAGAUUCGGCACGGGCAAAAAGGCCGAAGAGGUGCAGCGCAACAAGAUCGCCCAGCGCGGCCGAUACCAAUUCGAAGCCACCGAGUCGGACGACGAGCUCGAGGACGAGCUCGACCAGAACCUCGACGAGAUUGGCAUGCUGAGCUCUCGGCUCAACCAGCUCGGCAAGGCGAUGGGCGCCGAAGUCGACUCGCAGAACUCGAGGCUGCAGAGGAUCGGCGACAAGGCCACCACGCUCGACACCAAGAUCUUUGCCGGCACACAGCGUCUGGGCAACAUCAAGUGA